AUGAAAAUCUUAAAACCUACCAAUAACGCCCAAAGAAACACCAUUUUGCUUGAUUAUCGACAAAAACUUCACUCAGAAGUCAAAAAAUAUCCGCGCAGUCUAUUUAAAAAAUUGCCGUCUCAUGCGGGCAGAAACAACCAAGGAAAAAUUACUACCCGCCACCAAGGAGCCGGACACAAAAAAACUUAUCGAAUCAUUGACUUUAAACGUUAUGCUCAUGACAAUAUAGAGGGAAUUGUAAAAAGUAUUGAGUAUAGCCCUUAUCAUACUGCCUUUAUUUCUUUAAUUAAUUAUCAAAAUGGAAGCAAGGCCUUUAUUAUCACUCCCGAAGGGUUAAAAGUUGGGGAUAAAAUACUGAGCGGAGAAAAUGAAAAUGUUCCUAUUCAAAUAGGGAAUAAUUUACCUUUGGGUUAUAUUCCAGCGGGAACUUUUAUCCAUAAUAUUGAACUUAAACCCAAGAAAGGCGGACAACUAGCCCGCAGUGCGGGGACUAGUGCCAUGGUUUUAGGAAAAGAUGAAAAUAAUCGCUAUAUUCAGGUCAAGUUAACCUCCCGGGAAGUAAGAAAAAUUUUGGCUAAUUGCCGAGCCACGGUCGGUAAAGUCAGUAAUCCGGAAAAUAACUUAGUAAGGCUAGGAAAAGCGGGUGGAGAACAAAAAACCGGAAUUGGACGUCCAUCUCCGUUGAGCCCUUGA